AUGGCUGAACAGCAGCACAACUGUAUUUCGGAUGGUGAAGAAGAUCCCGAGGAAUGUCAAAUCGAUCCCAUCGUUGUUGGCGACAACGAUGCCGAGAUUCGCAAGAAUCUCUUCGACGAAUUUGAUGUUGCUACAAAGCAAAAGACAUCUACGGACAGCUCGAGCUCUGGUCGAGAAUAUAUGAAAGUUUACUUGCGAAUACGCCCCUUCAUAAAUGAAGAAAUUGAAGCGAAGGAAAACCAGAAUUGUUUGGAAAAGGAAAGUUCCACCGCCGUUUUGAUGAAUGCACCGAAGGAAUCGUUUGCGUUCAAAAACAGCACUCGUGCUGGCGGCGAGAUUUCGCAUCGAUUUUCAUUUUCCAAUGUUUUCAAUGAAGACACGACGCAAAAGAAGUUUUUUGACGAAACAACGUUGCCUUUGGUGGCUGACUUCAUUCAUGGACAGAAUUGUUUGGUCUUUACUUAUGGAGUCACCAACUCGGGAAAGGUGAGGUGACAGUGAAUCGAAGCGGAGACUGUCAGACAGACGGCUCAACAGGCAUCCUUUAAUAUUAAUUUAUAGAGAGGAAAUGUUAUUUUGUGAUAAGGCAAUAUCCUUUAAUUUGUCGCUUAACUGAUCAUAUUGUUGGGUUAGUUAGGAGACAAAGGAAAUUGAGAAUCAAACUCCAUGUGAACCUUAGAUGAUUCAAAAUAAGCUUAACCAGAAGCAUAUAUAUUAAACCCUUCUGGCUUAACUCCUCAAUCCUAGACCAAGUUAGUGCAAAAGGGCUCACCACAAUAUCAUGGCUGACUACUUACUCACUUUAUCAUUUGACAGCAGAGUAAUCAGCUUCUAAUUUGUGUAGGGUAGAAAGUACGUAAUUUAAUUCCUGAAGCUCGUACACAGGCACCAUAUUCAUCAUUGAUCAAUGUUCUUGUGGUUCAAAUUUAACUACGGUUUCAAUGAUGUUUUAUCUCCUUAUUGGCGUUGGCUAUGGAUUCAAGUGUUUGCAAGGCCCAGGUCGAACGUAUAUUUUUACCGAACCUAUUCCUUUCAAUUGAGUAUAAGAAAAGAUGGAUGUUUGAAUCGAAAGUUCGACAUAUCUAAUUUGGGUCAACCCUGAAUUAAGAUUGAGUGGCCCACAUAAAGAAUUUUGACUGUGGAGUGACUUGGUUUCAAACGUCGAACUUCUCAUGUGGGGAACCUAAUACAUAAAUUACUAAAAUUUUAUUUCAAUGUCAAGCAUUUUAGACCAUGGAACAUCGUGAAAAAGAUUAAUUAAGUUUGACUUCUGAAUCAACCGUCGAACUUAUCAUAUCAUUUGGGUUGACCUAAAUAGGUAUUAAGUUCGGUACAUGAAAAGAUCAACAUUUGAUUUAACUGGGCCUAAACAAGUCUGAAACAACACAGGGUGAAAAGUUGCAUUUUGUUUCCCUCUGAUUUGCAUUAAAAAUGUGACAAAGUCACACUGCAACAGGUGAGAAGGGAGAAUGGUAUAAUAAGGGUUAAUGUAAAUAGAGUUGUAUGACCUUUCCUGUACUUAAGGCAAUGUCUUAAGCAACCAGCUGAGAUCAUAAUAUGGGAAAAUGCUGUCAAAGUAAAAGCAAGCGUUAGCAGCUGAGACCAUGUACAAGUGGCAAAAGCAAUAUUUUGGAAAUGCACUAGGGAUCAAGAAGUCCUGUCCAUUUGUUCAGGACAAGUACAUUUUUUGCAAGGCAAAAAACUUUUUAAGCUCACAUGUAUACCCAAUGGGCAAGGGGAGUUAGCUUGUGGUAAGAUUUGUUCAUCGACUAGGACAAGCAAGCAAUGGCCCCAGCUAAGUAAAACAUGAGCUUCUAAUUAAGGAUAAGCUAUGUUUUUUUUAGACUUGUGCAAUAGAAAAUGGAAAUUAAACAAAUGAUAAAAUUAAAUCAAAAUUCAUUCUUGCCUUGUACUUUACAUGUACUUAAUCCUAGUUUGUCGAUUAUAAACCCUUUUUAGACCUACACGAUUCAAGGAACUCCUAAAGAUGGUGGUAUUCUGCCAAGGAGUCUGGACGUACUCUUCAACAGCAUUGAAGGAAAGCACUAUACCAAGAUGAAUCUCAAGCCCAGAUUCUGCACAGACGUUAUUAGGCUCACAGAGGAUGAAGAACGGAGAGAGAAUAGCUACAAGAAUGCUUUGAUCUCUUCUCUGGAUAAAGAUGUAAGUCUCUAGAUGUCAUUACAGAUUACUUGACCAUAAUGACCAGCAGUUAUGCUUUCUCACUAAAUGGCUCUUUAGAGCAAAGUGAUUAUCCCACUCGGGAGUUUUGUUUUACUUAUACAACACUCAUGUACUGUUCAAAGCAAAAUGUGCAAAGAAAGUUAUCUUUGCUAGCAAAAACCCAGUGUUAAAAGCAGAAUGGCAAGAGCAACGGAUAAACACCACAUUUAACAACCAGCUUAGGGACUUGUCAGAAAUUAGCAGGGGGGGGGGAGGGGGGGUUGGAAUUUUAAAUUUGGGUUCAGAAAUGAAAUGGAAUGGGAGUGAAAUUUUCUAACCCUCCCCUUGACCUUAGCCGAAAAUAUCAUGACCCUCCCCCUCUUGUAUAAAUGAUAAAAUCUAGUUCUUGCAAUCCACUAGGGUGAGUCAGAAUUAUGAAAGCUCAAAAUAUAUUUCUAAUCUGUUCUUUGUAAUACCAUAUACAUACAUUUUAGAUGAAAGCAUUAAGCUGAGUCCGGCUCUGAUUCUGACAGCUGAUCACUCGACUCUCCUAUUUCUCCAAGGUGUUUUUUACAAAAUAAAGAACUUCUUUUUUCUUCUGUGGGUUAACCCCUACAUGAUCACGGACACAUAUUUGCAUUACCAUCCCCCUUUUAACGGCCCAUUUUUCACGACCCCUCCCUUUUCUGCAGUCUCAAAAAGUUGUGACCCUCCCUCUGUUUCCACUCCCCCCUUCCCCCCUGCUAAUCUCUGACAAGUCCCUUACAUGUAAUCUCUGAUUAUGCCAGGGCCACUUGUGGCCUGCCGAAUAAGAGCCAACAUGUACCUGCACUAGCAGACAAAUUUGGAAUUGUCUUAAUUGAAUUAAAUAAUCUAAACCAAAAAUUGUCUGCACUGCAAACUAUUUACUCUUAACAGGCCUUCACAUCUCUCUUUACUUAAUGAAAAGAAUAAUGGCUUAAAUACAACAAAUGAUUGACAAGAAAAACAUGUUUUCGUUUAUUUUGUUUUUCUUUUGGGACAAAUUUUUUCCACAAUGCCGUUGAAGACUGUCCUGUCUUGGACAAAAUUUGUAAAACUGCAACAAAAUUUGUCUAAACAAACAUCUUUUUCACCAACAUAAGUGUGGAUAGGCCCUUAGCAAAAUGAACUUGGUUACAUUAACGUACAUUUCUUUGUAGUGUUAUAUUACUCUUGUAGGCAACUACAUUCCUCCAUCAAUCGUGUCUGUAUAAAAAAAUAAUAAGCUUGCUUGCCAGAUUUUCUCUUAACCAGAUCUUGUCUCUUUCUUGUCGUUUCAGGCCUUUGAUAUCAAUGCACUUCUCAAACUUGAUCAAGAUCUUUCUGCCGAUGUGUCAAAGGCCAGUUGUACUGAGGAAUCAAUGCUUCAUAAUACAAUUCAAGAUGGAGAUGUUGAACAUGGUAGGGAAGUACACUUGAAAGCCCUUUAAAACAAACUUGUGUCCUGUUGCUUGUUGUUGUUGUGAGAAAAACUUUGUCAUAGCUCAAUGUACCUUUAUUAAUGACUGAACCACCUUAAUUGAAAAACUUUUCCCAUAGUUCGAAUUCUGAUUCUAACAUGAAGAGUCCUUGACUUUAAAACAUUUGUAUGAUGCUAUUUGUGUAUUAAAAUGAUAUCAAGUAGAGAAACUAAAUGCAUUCCUCAAUGUAAUAGCUUCGUUUUACUAGGAGUAACUCUACAGAGUGACAGGAAAUUUAAUGAGCAUGUAAGAACCAAGCUUGUCAAAGCAAACAAGUGUUUACACGUCAUACGAACACUAAGAAAGGAACGCUACUCUCAGGCAGAGAUAGAUCACCUUUUUAUAUCUAUUGUUUUACCUAAUUUUAGCUAUGCGCUUUCAGUCUAUGGGGCAUCGGAGUGCGAUCUUACAGUUAUACAAAAUUUUUUAGACCGACGCCAUAAAUGCCGUUUUAUUUCAUUUCCAGUUUUUAUCAAGAACCUUUUAAAUAAACAAGACCGAAACAUUUUAAAGAAAUUAAUAUCAACAGAUUGCCACCCCCUGAAAGAUAUCAUUCCUCUCCAGAAGACUUAUGUACAUAAUCUUAGGAAAAAAGGCUGCGCACACCCGAAAAUUAAUACACAGCGUUUUAUGAACACCUUUGUAAGUAGAUUGAUUUUUAAGCUCCAUUCAUUGUAAUGACAUACUUUUUUAACAUAUAUAUGUAGAUAUUUUUAUCAUAGUUUUUUAUCUUCCGUAUUAAUUUGUAACAUACUGAUAUGUAGUUUUAUCUUUUGAUCAAAUAAAGACUCAUUAUUAUUUUAUUGUUAUUAUUAUUUCUUGUUGUUUCAUAACAGAGCUGCCGUCAAUGGAUGCAGGAGAGAAUGAUUCGAGAGUUGUGGAUGACACCACAAUUGAUGUUGAAGCCCAAGGACCUGUGAAAUUUUCUGUGUGGGUUUCUUUUGCUGAGAUCUACAAUGAAAUUAUUUAUGAUUUGUUGGAGCCUUGUCCGAUGGGAAAAGGAAAAAAGAGGACUACUCUCAGGCUAGGAGAUGAUACAAAUGGAAACCCCUAUAUUAAAGGUGAUAAUCUGCCACAGUUUUAUCCCUGGGUUAAACUUUUUUUUCCUUUGUUUUAACACUCAUUUUCAUACAUUACAAUACCAAAAAACCCAAGGCAAAUAGAAUUUGAAACAAAAAUGAAAUUGAACAACAACAACCCUGCAGGCAGAGGCCCUUCAAUCUUCCUAGACUAGGAAGAUCAAAGGGCCUCUGCUCUCAGGGUAAAUAGCAACAUACAUUGCAUAAAUGUAUACAUGUUAUUGUAUAAUUAUGACUUGCAGUUAAUUUUUCAUGUCAGUUAAUUUUGAUUUUUCCAUUUUUGGGGGUAUGGUAAUGUAUGUUAAUGAAUUGAAAACAAAGGAGAAACAAAAAUUAACUGUGAAAUAAAAGAUUAACUGCAACAUACAUUUCAAUAAUAACUAUGUUGAUGUCAAGUUAAGUCUUUUUUCUGUGACCAGAAUUUCUAGAUUAGAUUUAAUUCUGGUUGCUUUGAAUCUUGUUGUUGAUAAAAUAUUCCUUUAGACAAGUUGAUAUUUUUCAUAAAAUAGUGCUAAAGGAUUACAUGUUGGAACCUUAGACCUUUUAAAGCUUAUUUACCUUAGUUUAUUUUUGAAAUUAUGCGAUCAAUUCGGUUAACUCUUGACUUUAGCUCUAACAUCCCACGUCAUUUGUUUAUUUUAUUCACCAACAGUAAUAGCUUAACUGUAAAGAGGGCAGCAUACUAGGCUUACUUAUAGUCAAGAAAAACAUAAAACAACCUCAAAUCAUUAAUAAACCAAUCUGAUCCUAAUAUCAUGGAUUAGUUCUAAAUAUAAUGGGACACAUGUUUUAUGUAGAAAUUAUGCUUUGUUUAAAUAAUGUGAUAGAGAUAAAAUUAUUAUUUUUGUUCUAAUGUAGGAUUAAGGGAAAUCUAUGUAUCCAGUGCCGAUGAAGCCUAUAAGGUAUGUUAGACAAUCAAAUUUUCUACUACCAUUCCCUUUGUCCUGGCCAUGCAAAGCAGAUGUGAAUAGUUUUAUGAGGAAACACAAAGUACUAUUAGGGACGAGAAAAUUCUCUACGCAUGGAAAGUUAUCAGAAAGCUCACUCUUAAUCUUACAGCAGCAUAUAUUUGUAAGUUGCUUAUACCACUGGUGCCAAGGGGGCCAAACACUACUACAGCACAGCCCUUAUUGAGGCUGUACAGCGUUCAAUAUACUUCUGAGUUUUUAUUGCCAUUAAUAUUUUUUAUUGUGUCACCUUUACAAUUAAUUAUCCAACUGAUGUUGUUCUUAACCGUAUGGUUUGUCAUUCCAUUCUAAUCUUGGAAGCCUUUUGAUGACCACAUUUUUGUGUCUAUUCAUUGACAAAACCUUAUCAGCUAAAACGGAUCAGAUCUACCCUGUAAACCCUCUCUGUCGCUUUCCGUUAAACCCUUUGUUUUUGUUACUAAUGGUGAGUUACAGGCUGCCUAUGAACUGAUCCAGUUUUAAUACCUUCUGUGGCCUAAACUUAUUGAUCUGUCUCUAAAACAGGGUGGCUGUUAUUUCGUGCAAUGUGUGUCAGGUUAGGGUUGGAGAAGCUUGUUAUAAUGUUUGAUAGUGGAACUGCUAUUCUCGUCAGCAAGCGAAUGACAUUGUAUUGUUUGCUUUCAGAUUCUUAAGAUUGGUCAAAAGAAUCAAAGGAUUGCAUCGACCAAGUUAAAUCAGUGCUCUAGUCGCAGGUAAAUCUACAAAUCUUAUGGCUGUGGACAACACAUGUAUGUACAAGAAAAGCCUAAGGACACAGUGCUCACUACCAAAUAAUGUUUAGAUGUACUCUAGACCACUUAGCUAAGGCCUGUUUCAAACGUCGUCCUACUGCCCUGUAGCACGGCAAGGCUUGCCGUGCUACACGGCACUUAGCACGACUUGGUUUCAAAUGUCGCGCUACUGCUGUGCUAAAGUCGAAUUUAAUUCGAUCAAUUGAGUUCGGCAGGGCAGUAGCACGACGUUUGAAACGGGCCUAAGGAGACUAUGAGGGUGGCCUGCACUGAAUAUAUAGGCUUGAAGAUAUCGUUAUGCUGUUCUGUGCCAUUUACUGUAAACAUUACUUGUUCUGUUUAUUCUUUGCAGUCAUUGUAUAUUUAGUGUAAAAGUCUUGCGAGUCGUGGAUGUGGAAGAUCCCCAUGUGGCACGUGUCAGCAGGUAAAUAAUGCAUCAGUCAAUUCCACCUGCGCCCAGCUCCCCCCCGGGCAACUGCGGGGCAUUUGCCCGCCUUGUCAGUCCCGGGGGUGGGGCAUUUGAAAAUUUUGCACUGCCUGGGGGCCGGGCAUUUGCCAACCCCCGGGCCAUUUCCGAGCUUUUGACACGCACGCGGUUUUCUAUCAGAAUAUAACUACACAGAAGGUUUUACUGGACAAAAAGCAGAUUGGCUCAUCUGUCAAGGACAGGAAUAAAUUGCAGAGGGUUGUAAAGGCAUGUUCUCGAUUUUACAUGUAUGUAUGCAUUUCUUCAUUGCUUAUCAAGCCAGAAUUACGUAGCGAAAUUGGAGCUAUCGAUGUGACUCAACGUUUUUUGGUUAUUGAAUCAAAUUUCUGUUGAUAUUAUUUGAAGAACAUCCUUUCAUAUUUAUAAAACUAUUCAUAACAUAUAAAUUUACAGCUGUCUAUUAAUUUUGAUGUCAAUAAUUUCAUAUCAAUACUAAAACCGUAAACUGGUGCAUGUCGUCGCGGCGUGAAGUCUUACAAAGGAAGACGUCAAUUGAAACAAAAAAUCGCAUAUUAAAAUGCUUAAAAUGGCACUAUUUGACUGUGCGAGCAAUGAAAAAUGUUGUAGUGUUGACGUAGGACGGGGCAUUUGCCCUCUUUUUUCGUCCCCACCCCGGGGGGGUUUGACAACUCAAGAGUCCCCACCCCCGGGAAUUUGCCAUCCGAGGCAAAAAAAAUGCUAAUGCCCGGGGGUCAGCCCGGGGGGGCGCUGGGCGCAGGUGGAAUUGACUGAUGCAUAACUCAAAGAAUGAAUAUUGACAAAACUGCUGGAAAGCCAGAAGAAGAGCACAGAUUUUUCUUUACGAUUCCACACGAUAAAACUUACAGGGUUCUUAGAUAGUCUUGAACCCUAUGCAAAGCACUGAGUAUGGAUAGUAGAGAUUAACUCUGCGAAAUAGAAAAAUGUCUGGAGUUUUUUUUUCUUCAAAGAGACCCCAAAUACAGUGUACUAAGUAAGUGAGAUUUUUCCCGUAGUCAAAUUUAUUCAUUCUCGCCUCUAGCCGAGACAUUCAGUUACAGAAUGAGAGGUUUCAGAACUCUCUUAUUAUGUCCGCUUGGACCCUGCGUUUUUCAAGGUCUCUGUUGAUCACCUAUCUGUUAACCCUGGAAUUGUGAAAAAAAUAGUAUUGUUUUUGAAAGAAGUCUUGAAUUUUGGAUCCAAAAAUCUGUACGAAACCUGAUCUUACAGGAACCUCAAGAGUGGACUGAAUUUGGAUUUAUUUACUUCACUUACAGACUUUCGUUCGUUGAUCUGGCUGGUUCAGAGCGUUAUUCCAAAACACACAGUAAAGGAGAUAGACUGAAGGAAGCAGGCAAUAUCAACACUUCAUUGAUGACUCUCGGAAAAUGCUUGGAAUAUCUGAGAUACAACCAAAAAAAUCCGUAAGUUAAUAUAUUAAUUUAAUGUUCCUUUUAAUUUUGUUUGCUUUGAAAUUACGGACUCUCUAUUUGCCGGGGGAUACAGAAAGUUUUACAGAAAAGUGGCUAUUUCGACAUCCUAGCGGUACGCAGGACGCAUGUCAUACAUGAACCUUGUAUAUGGCCCAGCUCGCCACGAGUCCUUCGUAGUUCAGUGGUUAGAGCAAAGGGUGCAAAGAAAAUCAUUUUUACAGCUUGCCAUUUGGGCAAGCUGAAGCUAGCAUUUACUAGCCCAGACGUCAUUUCAACUGGCCCCAAAAACGUUUUGUUCUUCUGUUAUUCAAAUUCCUCAAAAAACAUCACUUUCCCGUCGGGCAAGUUAAAAACAGAAUUCACUAGCCCGAUAGCAAAAUCCACUAACCCCGGGCUAUCGGACACUACUUUCUUUGCACGCUGAGAGCAUCAUACCCGUGUACGGAAGGUCAUAGAUUCAAUUCCUUCCGGGGACUCAGAUUUUUCUUUCUUCCAGACUAUGCUCUUGACAUGUUGAUUACAUAAUUUCUCAACUGGGUCAUUUUUUCACGCUGCAGUUUUCAUUUGAGUAGGUAAACGGUAGCUUUUCUUUGCGUAAUAUUGGAAAUUAAUACUGGAACAGUUGUACAUAUAAAAGUGCAUAACUAAACUUUUUGCGCGUGUAAACUUUUUGGUCUUUUUUAUUUUCGAGCAUUACAAAUUCACCAAAUCCGGUAUAAACGAGGAGAUGCUCAUGAAUGACCUCUCUUUUCUUACAGGAAUCAACCUCUAAUCAUCCCGUUCCGUGAGAGCAAGCUGACGCGUUUGUUUCAAGGAUUUUUUUGCGGCAAAGGACGCGCUUCCAUGAUUGUGAACGUAAAUAUGUGCGCUUCCGCUUUUGACGAAACUUUCCACGUGAUGAAGUUUUCAGCAAUCGCUAAGAAGGUAAAGAAAAGUUACUCAUUAUUUUUCGAUACUAAUAUUCAUAAAGUUUAAGUCUCAUUUCACUAAAAAAAAGUACUGAAAAAGAGAACUAACAGCUUGAACGGAAUGCCCGAGAAACAUAAUUAUUGCUGACGCAAAUUCUGUUUCCUGGACGCCAGAAACAGUUAUAUGCAGAUCAAGUUCAAAACAUUUUGGCCUUCGUAGCGAAUUUUCCCUCGUUUUGCACUUUAAGAGGAGCAGUAUAAAAGUUUAGGUUCUUUUAAUAGUCUUUCAGCCAGGAAAACCGCUUAUUGCGGAGUGUUUGUGUUCGUUCAUUGUCCCAAACGAAUGAACAGUUUGGAGAAUAUAAAUUGCAUUGCACUAGUGGUAAUUUGGUUUCCAUAUCACCUCAACUGAUACACUGUAUUGACAAAAGAAAUAACGAACAAGAAUUUGUUGAAUUUGAGAAACCAUCAUUAACCAUCAUUACAGCUGAUUUCAUUGCUAUGUAUACACCCGGAUUUUCAGACAUGAUUCGACGGUCAUGAUUCGACCUGUCAUGAUUCGACACUAAUCACGUGACGUAUCGCUUCGCAGUACGUAAACGGUCGCGAAAAUAAUUGAGAGUUCUGCCGUGGGAUCCGAAACAGUGAGAGAAAAAUCUGGCUGGAAAGCUUAGCACUAAAGGACAUAAGUGUAACGAAGCUAGAAUCCCGACAAAUGCGUUUUACCUGAAGAGGAAAGCUUUGUUGCUUGGAAAACAGCGACAUGGUACAGAAAUUAUGAUAACAUUUGAUCAGGUGAUAAACCUGGAGUUCGAUUGCCGAGUCCGAAUGUAUUUCUGUAGGCGAUUUCAUAAUGGACGAAAUAUUAUCAACACGGCGAAAAGCGAAAUAGUCCGACGGUUAAUCGUUAGUCUUCUUCCGUAUGACAAGGUUUCGGUGUUUUGCCGUUGGUGAAUACCACCCGCAAUUUACAUGUAACAGUGAUGCAAAUUUAGUUCACAGGGAGGCAAAUUUGUAUUUCUUCAAGUUGGUACUUUUUCGUCCUUACUUAGCUUCUGCAUGGUUAAAAAAUAACAGGAAACCUUGACGUUUUGCCGAAGAAAUCAACAGAUAAAUUGAUCAGUCUGCCGUUGUGAAAGAAUUUGCUGAAGGGUUUGAAAGUUUUGUUUUGUUGACCGUUGAAAAAUAUCACAAUGUUCGAUCCUCGACCUAUGACCCUAGUAAGCACAUAUAAAGAAAACCAUACAUAAAAGAAAGCAAAAUUUGUUUUUUUUUGGAAAAGGGUAAAAUAUGAUAUUUCCUUAAAGAUCAAGGUAAAAUCCCAAAACAAGUUGAGAAAAGAGCCGAAAAACUUAUUGAUCGAGACGUCCACACGCCCGAUAACAUGUAUUGCGAUUAGCUUGCGUGACUGUAUGAGAAGCUGUUAUCCCGGAAAAGGAGAACAAAUUAUGGAUCACAGUCCUCUUUUUCUGAAUUACAAGAGAAAUAUUCAAGCUAUCAUCAAAAAUUUAAAGUAACUUUCAGAUUGUAUGCUUUGAUUCCUGUAGGAUACUCAAGGUAAAAUACUAUACUGCUUGGUAACCUCUCGGUCGAAUCAUGACCGUCGAAUCAUGUCUAAAAAUCAGGGUGUAUACACCGCACUGAAAUCAGCUGUAACCUGCCCAGUGUGUGUUAUGUAACCAAGCGCGAAGCAUCACAGCUGACAAAUAUGGUCGCCUCUCAUCGCUUCCCGCCUUUUGGACAAAGAGCGAUAAGAGGCAACUGUAUUCGCAAGCUAGAAACAUGAGAGUUGAACAUGGUGAGGUUAUUAUGUUCUUCCGCGUCGCACUCGGCGCUUAUUUCUCGCGCAUCGCGCGCGGGUAAAGGAAAUAUGUCACGCCUGUAGCUAUCUCUUUUAAAAAGCUAAAACUGUCUUCGUAUGAAUUGAAUCCCAAAAAUAAUGGUGUAAUGGUGAAGGAACUGAAACUGUUUCCUGUCUUCUGUUGCUGCGGGUGGUAAGGAUGGACAUGGAGUAAAAAUUGAUAAAAUCACCAGAAAAUUGCUGUGAUUAGUGCUCACUGGUGCCCUGUAUUUGAUAUCUUGUAAGUCUUUGCUGUUUCCAACGAAGCAUUUUCCGUACGAGUAGAGGCACUAAGUAAUGACUUAAGCACAGAAUUGACCUAUAAAUUGCGCCUAAGAUUACUACUUGAAUCGACCUACAAUCGGUGACAAAGUAAGUUAAGACACUUCGCCCUAAACUGGGUAGCCUGUGCCAGGCUCUCAGAUAGUAUAGUGGGACGUAUUGAAACGAGCAAAGCAAAAAUAAGACUCGCGCGACUUGCGAAAGGGGGCGGUGGCGGCAGGGAAAAUGCCGCCCUGUCUCUCCACAGCCCCCGCGCGUUUUUCGUAUUUCUUUUUACUGAACGACUUUUCACCACCAUCUCGGAGCCUGGAACAGGCCAUAAACUGGGGUUUUCUACGUUUUAGCUUUUCCUCCCCUCCCCAUCUCCUCCAUGCAGUGUUGUGCCGCUGUUCGAGCUACCUAAGGAAAACAACAAACACCCCAACUUUGAAUGGAGGGGAGCGGUGCGGAUUCUUUUGUUCUCGAAGUUACCCUAUUUGAGUACAAUGUCUCAACAAUUUUGUUGCCGAUUGUAGAUUAUCAAUAUAAUAUUUAUCAUCUUCUGAUGUCAGGUCACGACCAGAGUUACCAAACCCGUGGAUAUGCCACCACCAGCUAAAAAGUCACGGGCCCUAUCUGCCACGCCACGCCCCAAGCCUACAAGGGUAUCUAUACCCUGGGCCAAUGGAGCCCUUUGUACCCCAGCCCAUCCUGUUGAUGAAUCUCUAGCGGAGAUAAACGAAGAGGAUGGCGAUGAAGAAGUUGAAAUUGGCGAAGGUCAGGCCAGUGCCUAUCAACAGGUAUGUGAAACAGUGAAAGGGUUAUUUACCUCUUUACAUAAAGUCUUUCUUUUAUUUAUAGGUCAUGCAGCUAUUAAAAUCAGGGUAACUCGUUGUAAAAUCCUGAAUGUAGCUUGUAAAUUGAGUUUCAAAAUUAGCUUGAAAACGUUUGCUCUCAAGGAGUCUUUCCCCCUGGCUUUAGUGUGAGAAAGCAGCCGACGUUUCGCGACGCUAUCUCUGGUUUCUCCGAGAAGUGACCUCUGAGAAACAAGUGCAGAAAUUCUUUAUACUGAUGACGCUUUACCACCCAGAUCUGGGAAUUGCUUCUGAUUGGUUAAAAAUUUGCCCUCGGCCAUCAAUCAGAAGCACUUGAAAUAUUUGAAGCCAAUUAACAAAAAUACACACAAAUGUGGCUUAAGAAAAUCAAAAUUAACGGAUGGGAACCUUUGCAGAACUAGUCCGUUUAACAAGAGACUUUUUUUCCUUUUUUACUCAAUCAAACAUAACAACGUUGGAGAUGUCCACGCCUCGCCAUUAACCAUUGAUUUUAUUACUCCUUUAUAACUGACAGCAACUUGUGAACUUGGUCAAGGUUCUACAAGAAAAGUUGAUCGAGGAAAAACGAAAAAUGCAGACUUUGGAAGUAAAGAUAAGAGAAGAAGUCUGCAAGGAAAUGGCUGAGCAGCUGGUCUCUAUUGAAAACGCUUACAGGUAAGAUGGCGUUCUCGGUACUCCCGAGUUUAAUUCCUCGCCGGCCACGCUGGUAAAUAGCCAGCUGGUUUCACUGUCUGCCUUCGGCCAGCUGGUAUUCUUGGCGGCUUUUUUGGGCGCUUUUAUGUUGAAUUUGAACUGUUCGCUUUAUUGCUUUUGUAAGUGUAAGGGAGAGGUAGUUCAGUGUGUUUUUUUAAAAAAGUUGCUUAUCUUUCUUUACAGUGAACGUGUCAAAAUGGAGGUGACCGCUGUUGAAGAAAAGUGUGAUCGCAGAAUCGAACUGUUGACACAGUCAAUCAAAAAGACCAGGAAAAGAGCCCGGAUCGAGCGGAUAGAAGAAGACGACGAGGAAUGGGUACCGAGUGUGUUUUUACAUGCAGAGCAGACCAAGGUCCAGGUAAGUCUUGUAUGAACUUACCUUUGUUUGCGCCUUCCCUUCAAACAGGCGGAUCAUCAUACAGGUUAUGUAUAAACUAACAACUGAAUCCGCGAGUGGGUAAAGUUAAGCGAAUCCUGCGUUCUGUUUGGCUAACCGAGCAGGCAAGAUGGGUGCAUCUUGGCUACGUUGGCCCUCCAAGUAAAAGUUCUAGUUUUAACCAUACAAACAAUCCUUUAUUGACCAAGCUUGUUCGGCAAAGAUGGCUGAAUAUGGGUCUCGUUCAUUUUUACCUUGUUAUUGACUUUGACUUCGGCUCGGCGAAUAAAACGCAAAAAAGAAAUUGGCCAGUAUUCAACCAGCUUGACCUCUCGCUUGGUCAAUAACGCACAUAUAAGGAUGAAUGAUACUCUUGUGCUAGCUUUUACCCGUAGAUUCUGAUUUGGGCGUCUUAAAACGUCUCCAGCUCCAGAGCUGUUAGAUUUAAAGUGGUGGUGUAGUUUCUUGCAGGGUAAAAAGUAAAGUAAAGGUCCUUAUGCUACGUCGGUAACACGUAACUGUACUCAUUAGACUGACAAACCUGAAGCGCGGGCGGUGCACUCAUUUUACCCCCCUGCCUUUGUCAUUGCCCCAUUUUACGGGUAUUUAAAGCUGCACGGAUAAGCGCGCUCGACGUUAGCUAAAGAGAAAAUUGAGGGUCUACAUGUGAACAGACUUACUGCGCUCUUGUUUUCCCAUCUUUAAUACAGUAGAACCCCGAUACCUUGAACUCGGAUAACUCGAAUUCCUCGCUAACGCGAACUAAAUUCCUUUCCCUUGAUCAAAAUUUCACUGAAAUUUACCCCGAUAACUCGAAUUCCCGCUAACUCGAACUGUUUUUCGUUUCCCUUCAGAGUUCGAGUUACCCGUGUUCUACUGUAUGUAUAAUUCUUAUAGAGGUGUUUUGUAGUGAACUGAAUACCAUAAAACUGCCAUUUUGUAGGAGAAGCAGCACGUAAUCAGCGAGUUGAACGCCAAGAUCGCCGAGCUUCGUCAAGAGGUGAAACAGUUGAAAGACAGCAGACAGGAAGAGACUUCAACAUCCGACGCUGUUCUUGAACUACAAGGGCACUUAAACGACGCUAAUGAAGAAGUAAAUGAGCUGAAACAGAUGCUAGAAGAAGCUGGAGAGGCAUUCACUGAGAAGGAAGCUGAGAUAAACAAACUUAGAGCAGCUCUGGAUGAUCAAGAGGCCUGUUUUAAAAACCAAGUGCGAGGCUAAUUUUUACUAUUUGUUGUCCAUUUAAAGAUAACUGAGAUUGCCAAAUAACGUUCAAGAAUAAACGCCUUGACCAACUGAAUUGACUUCAUAAGACUCCACUCCGCGAUUUUGUAACCUGCAUAAAAUUGGCCUUCUGCAACAAACUACUUUUCCGCUCUCGUCUUCAGGCCAAAAAGGAAUAAGAAUUUACUCUGUCAGUUUUGCUAAGUGGUAUUAAGAACCAGCUGAUCCACAUCCUUAUUAGGAUUGUACUUUGUCUUAGUAAUUAUGAUAAGCUGUUCAAUUAUGACGUUUCAUUUGCCGACAUUUCUUGAAAGGGGCUGUGUCACGGCAGUCCAGUUCAUUUUGUUUAAUUUUGCCAAUUACUCGUCCUCAAUCGCUAUGGAAAUUGAAGUAAGCAAAGAAAUUACAGGUAUAUGACAAAAUCAGAGAUCCGAGACAAACAAAUAUGUCUCCUGAGCAUUAUUUUUGAAGUUGCAAGCAGUAGGUAUCAACUUUGAAAAACUGUUAUGCUUAAUCAAUCUGCCCAUCCGUGGCAUCUGUUGUUUCUGUUAUGUUAUUUUAACCGUCCUUUAAAGUUUUAAGCAGUUAUUUUUAUGUUUCUCUUAAUUUAAGGUGGCUCGACUGGAUUUUUUUAGGGGGAUACCUCCCAAGUUUGAGCCUUAACUACGUCGGCAUGAGUAAAGAUAUGGAAAAGAGGUUACCACAACUGUAUUAUAUAAAGAUGAAAAUUUCUUAUGAUCUGGGUUUUAUUCCAAUCGGAGUCGCCAUGGCAACGUAAUGACGCAAUUACGUUUUUCAUUUAUCUUUAUGUUUCUCUGUACCAGGAGUUUUUUGAAGAAAUUGCUUAAGGGAGUAUGUACCUGCCAUAAUUGCCUCCAUUAUGGCAAAGUUUGAAGAAAUUCUAUGAGAGCGUUUUCGAAAUAUUUUGAAAUGCAGUUUUAAGAAUCAUCAAAACAGUGAAAUAGCAUGCUAUCCACACACUUAGCUAAUAUUUUAAGAAAACGAUAAGCUUUGGGAACGCGGCUUCAUCUCAUAGUGGAUUGAUUCCAUUGAAAACUGCAUACAAAAAAGUAGGCGAAUUGCUCUGGGCGAUCGAGAGUAAGAAGGAUUUUAUCAACUUGCAUUCAGAUGCUUUUGAUACAGUUUUUGGAGGUAAUUUGGUCCAUGCCUAAAAAUUUCGCAUUUUUCCAAAAACCGCUCGAUAAAUUUUUUUAUAAAUUCCAGAAUUCCGAGAUCAAUUGUCAAGAAAUAUUCCCUGCAAGUUUUAAGAACAUUGAAAAUAGGGAAGGCUUUUAAAUAGGACCUCAAAUAUGGCCAAUUUUCCCCCCAGAUUUUGUGUUUACAAGUGAGCGUCCUCAUUAUUCACUGGCAUUGUUUUCAAGUUUCAUAUACACGUGCACAUUUAGCAAAAAGAUAGAAUUUGCUUCAAAAAGGACCCUCGGUUAAAUCUCCGGGAUAUGCUAAUUACCGGGUAAAGAGGUUAGUGAUACAUUAUAACAUCAGAGCAACUCUUUGUGAGAGUUUCUGUGAUGUUAUAACCCGAGUAAGGUAACUAAGUAUUGCAUCCUACACGAUGAGCCGUGACGUUCACCGUUUCGGUUCUCACUGCUAUCUGUGAUGACAAGCCUAUUAUUAGCGUACACCGGAUAUUUCUUCGGAAAGUAAUCGAGAGUUCUUUUUGAUGCAAAUUUAUAUCUUUUGCUAGUUGUGCACGUGCAUAUGAAACUUGAAAACAAUGCCAGUGAAUAAUGAGGACGCUCACCUGUAAACACAAAAUCUGUGGGGAAAAUUGGUUAUGUUUGAGUCCCUAUUUAAAAGCCUUCCCUGUUUUCAAUGUUCUUGAAACUUGCAGGGAAUAUUUCUUGCCGAUUGAUCUCGGGAUUGUCGAAUUUAUAAAAAAAUUUAUCGAGCGGUUUUUGGAAAAAUGCGAAAUUUUUAGGCAUGGACCAAAUUACCUCCAAAAACUGUAUCAGAAGUAGCUGAAUGCAAGUUAAUAAAAUUCUUCUUACUCGCGAUCGCCCAGAGCAAUUCCCCUCUUUUUUUGUAUGCAGUUUUCAAUGGAAUCAAACCACUAUGAGAUGAAGCCGCGUUCCUAAAGCUUAUCAUUUUCUUCAAAUAUUAGCGAAUUGAGCGGCUAGCAUGCUAUUUCACUGCUUUGAUGAUCCUUAAAACUGCAUUUCGAAAUAUCUCGAAAACGCUCUCAUAGAAUUUCUUCAAACUUUGUCAUAAUGGAGGCAAUUAUGGCAGGUACAUAGUCCCUUAAGCGAUUUCUUCAAAAAACUCCUGGUACAGAGAAACGCAACAAUAAAUGAAAAACGUAAUGGCGUCAUUACGUUGCCAUGGCGACUCCGAUUGCAAUAAAACCCAGAUCAUAAGAAAUUUUCAUCUUUAUAUAAUACAGUUGUGGUAACUUUUUUUCCAUACCUUUACUCAUGCCGACGUAGUUAAUGCUCAAACUUGGGAGGUAUCAACCCCAAAAAAUCCAGUCGAGCCACCUUAACAGGCAUUUUGUAAUUUCCUAAUUUAGCUGAAUUUCGUGAUAAAGCCCCUUUAACCCUUUUACAGGAUGAAGCCUUGAAGCAUCUUACAGAAGAGCUAGAAAAUGCGAAAGCUAUUUCCAAACAGGUAGACAACACCGAAGAACUGCAUCAGUUAAAAGGAGCCCUAGAAGUUGCAACGAUAAAACUCGCUGAGACAGAAAAAAAUGUACAAGCAAAAGACCUUAUGCUAAAGGAAGUCGUGAGGACGCUAGAAGAAACGAGGGAGGAGUUGGCCCGGGAACGAAGCUAUGUUGCCCAAGCAUUUGACAACGACGAAGAAUUGAUUAGAAUCAAAGAUGAAUUGCAGAAGGCAGAAGCCAAAGCUGUAGAGUUGGAGAAAAAGGUAGCAUCUAAAGACGAGGAUAUAAAUUCUUUGAAGCGAGAGAUAGAAGAUGCGAGCGCGCGACAUGUGGAGAAGACAACACAGGAUGAAGAAAAUGAAAAGGAACUGAAAGAGAAGAUAGUGGAGAUUGAGAAAGCAAAUAAUGAAGUAGCUGCCUUACAAAAACAGUUGGAGGAUUUCAAGGAAGACAUGCGGAGCACAAGAGAAGAGUUGGAGAAAUUUAAGGCUGAAAGUACCAGCAAAGAUUCCGAGCUUGAGUUGGCGAAGAAUGAAAUAAAGGAAAAGACGUCAAAGUUGGAGGGUGCAACGAAGGAAAUUUCCAAAAACUUAGCUGCGCUGGAAGGCAUGAAAAAGCAGAUGAUCGAAAUAGAGGUUGAGUUGGAAAGUGUUAAAGAAGAUAAUUUAAAGAAAUCAGUCGAACUGGAGCGUGUACUUGAAGAAAAGCUUGAAAUCUUGGCGAAACAUAAGUCUGACGAUCACCACAAUCGAAUUACCGCAGGGCCAGUAGCAGGAGGUGAUUCAGAAAUGGUUAAACAAGCGGCUAGAGUUAAGGAAUUACAAGAAGACCUCCGUGAGAAAUCUCUUGAAUUGGAAAAUGCCAAGAGAGAAUAUACCCGAAAGAUUGAUGAGUUGAAAACAGAACUAUCUGGUUGUAAAACAGAAAUGAAUAAACUACAGAGUGAAGAUGCCGUAAAGGAACUCGAGCAACAAUUAGAAGAAUCUACAAAAGCUCUCGAUAAGAAAAACAGCCAGGUUAUUGCCAGAAACAAUACUAUCAAAAGGCUCGAGAUAUCUUUGGCAGAGAAGGACAAGCUUUUGUCGGAAAUGGAGAAGCUGCCGAAAGAACCAAAUCUUCGCGCGAAAGAAGAAUUGAAAACUCUGCGAAGACGCCUUGUGCAGGCGGGUAAAGAAGUGGAAGAAACCAAAGAGCUCUUGGCUGGUAAAGAGAGAAAAAUGGAAGAAACGACGCAGGAACUUGAGAAGGUUAGAAGUGAAAACGAUGAAAAGGCGGCUGCGUUUCUGAAGGAACUUGAAUCGGCUAGGACAGAGCUUAGCGAAGUUAAAGAAGGCGCCGAGAAAAAGCAAGAAGAAAUCAAGGCAUUAAAACGACAGCUCGACGUGCAGCGUUCGAAUAACGCUUGUUUGCAAACACAGCUUGAAAACGAAAAGAGGACCUUGCAAGAGAAAGAGAACACUGUCCAAGCCACCAAGGAAGAAUUGAACUCAGUGAGGAGCAAAUCUUCAACUGAAAUAGAUGAUGCAAAGAAGAGGCUGGAAUCAACUGAAGAAAAAGUACAGAAGUUGGAAGAUGAAGUUUUCACAGCUAAUGAAGAAAGUUCUCGUGUUCAAGCCGAAAUUCAAAGGUAUGAGGAGGAGAUAGUGCCUGGUCUUGAAAACAAAAUCAAAGCUUUGGAGGAAGAGAAUUUACGCAGCAGCUUGAAGGUCAAGGUAAGAACUCUCUUUUUAAGAGUGCAGUUGAAAUUGUUGAGACUUCGCCAAUAUACUGUUUGCUCGCUUGACUCUUUGUUUGUGUUUUAACAAGGACACCGAAGAAAUCAUGGAGAAGAAUUUGAGAGAAGCCCGCUGUCAGUUAGAGAAAAGAAACAGUGAAAUAGAACAAAUAGCGAAAGAGCUACACGAUUUGAGAAAUUCCGUAAGGACUGCGGAAAAGGAGAAGUUCGAGGAACUUGACAAGGUUUGUUUUAAACUUGUUGUAGAAGUUUUCGAACGUGAGUUUUUUAUGUUUAAGGAAGUAUUUUUUACAAAGGAUGAAAUAUUGACCAGAGAUCGUUAUCUAAUCUAGUGAACUUGCUCCGGGGACACUCCGGGCCCAUAGGUACGCGUAAAGGAAUACUGGUAGUGUCGCUUAGGGGUGGGGUGGAGCUUAGAAUGUUCAAGAUGAAAAUCCGAUAUUUUUACCCGUACAGGUACCUGUUAGGUUUUUAAAGGAAAUCAGACACCGUCAUUAUCCCCUGAAGAAAGAAUUCCUUGUCAAUAUCAUAAAGUGCACUUAAUCCCAUAAUACUUUAAAUGUUAAAUAGUAUUCAGCAUUUAUUGAGGAAUAUGGGAGCCAGCCGGGGGGGGGGGGGCGGGCAGUGGUGAGAGUUUGUUGUUGGCUCUCUCCCCUGCUCUGAGAAUUUUUUUCUCAGCGUACUAAGGUUCUCCCCUUUCCUUAAAAACCAACACUUCCAUAUUCCAAUUGGAUCUGAACGCAUGGACACGUUUCAACGAGUUCCUAAAAACUCCUAAGUGCGCUGAGAGUAAACAAAUUACAAAUAACGAUUAUCAAAAAAUGACAAGAGCUUUAAGACUUAAAGGAAUAGUGUGUCAACUGUAUGGUUUUUAUGACUCGUUUUGUGGUUUUUAGAAUCUACAGGAAAUGAUGUGUAUGCAAAAAACCAUCGAGGAAAGAAAUAGAACCCUUGACACGCUCGAAAAAACGCUGCGUGACACCAACUUGGAACUUGAGAAAUCGAAGGAGCGUACUAAAUCGCAAAAUGAGCAACUGCAGAAGCUAAACCAAGAGAAAAGGUCUUUGGAAGAAAGGCUUGACGCCUUAACAAAGAAGUUGGAACUCUUGACGUCUGGUAUGUAAAAAAAAUCCAUACCGGUAGACUAGUGUUAUUGAUGCUCUAAUUUAAAACUGUCUUCCGCAUGAACGCAACGUGCAAAACAGCGAAUUGUGGGUAAAGUGCAUCGGAACUAAGCGAAAGGCGUGCAUGGAUAAUCGUUAUCUGUGUCCACUUUACGGACACAUGUUGUCGAUAUGUGUUCGAACACGAGCACCAUUCGCUGAGCGUUGAGCGUGAAAAUGUGUCUCUCUUAUGUCCAAUUUAACUGUAGGAUUAUUUUUGACUCAGUUUCCUACGAAACCUCGUAAUGCCUUGCAAAAGAGCGACAGCCACCCCAAAACAGUCCCAUAAUGCAUUUUGAUGCAUCUCUGACCCAGUCUCACGCACAGCCAUGAGCUCUUCUUUCAAAACGGGGCUAAGUGCAAAGCCUUUGUUGUAGAAAUAAGUUUUAUUUGUAUAAGAUUAAAAAAAUCAUUUUCAUGUCAAUGGCUUUGCACUUAGCCUCGCUUUGAAACAGAGGCUUGGAAUUGGUCUAUUAGUUUUAGGCGAGAAUCGUGCUCAGCUCGGCCACCAAUGUUAGCCUGCGAGCAAGCUCGCUCUGGCGGCGGGGCGGGAAGGAGAGCUUGCAACUACGUCUCUGGAAUUUGAAUUCCACCUCUAAUUCCCCUGUGGCUCCCCGUCGACUAAGCUUUCAGAUUUUCGCCAAUCAGCGCGAAGCGAAAACGAGCGCGAAUGUAAACAAACAUUGAAAAACACGUGCAAGGAAAAUGACGUCAUUACUAAUGUCAUCUUCGCCAAUCAGCAUUUCGUAUCUACUUUUUCGAUGCAGAUAUUCAAAUUCCAGAGACGUAGUUGCAAGCUCUCCUUCCUUUUCGCGCCCCGCCGCCAGAGCGCCCCGGAGACCUUGCUCGCAGGCCACCACCGAUGUGAAAAUAUCCUAGUCUCUAGGCUGUGAGGUUUAACCUUUUCUUUUUUUUUUUUUCAUCUUUCUUAUCUUGAUGAGUUUACUGUAUUGAAAUAAAAAUUCAUGCUGUCGCUUUCUCAAUCUCCGAGGAUCCGACUAUCUCGGAGCCUGGAAGAGACUACGUUUUUGAGCGACAAGCGGAAGUGGAAUUUUUGCACUCUUGAGCCUUGUUUUUGAACAAAUUUCUGAGCAAAUCGUUUUUUUGAGAGUAAAGACACUUAGCAAUACAAAUGUGGUAGCGUCAAGGCUUAUUAAAAGGGAAAAACGGUCACUUCCGGAUGAUGUGCGUCGCUGAAAAAACGUCGGUGGUUAUAUAAGCUUCCUAUUAUUUUCUUUGUUUUAUGUAUGCCCAGAUUCCGGAAAAGAGAAGGAAACUCUGAGUAACCUGAAGACGGUUCUGCAGGAACAAGACCUUAUUAUGAGCGGGCAAGCUCAAGCCAUUGACGAGCGACAGAGUGAGAUUGAAACUCUCUCCACGGAGUUACAAAUAUUGCAGGAAAAAUGCUCUUUUACUGAGAAAGAACUCGAGAGGAAGAAAUCUGAGAUCGCUAAUCUGAAACAGCAGUCAUUGAGUGCUGGCACGGAGAGGAAGUUAUUUGAAAAGAUGGAGGAAGAAAUGAAAAAGUUAAAGGAAGAUCAUUCGUCUCUUGUGGCUCAGUUAAAAGCGAAAGACGAAGAGAUAAAAAAUGUCAAUGAUUCGCGCGAUAACAUCAUGAAGACGAUGAGAGAAGCUUUAGAAGUGGCGAAGGCGAACAAAGCGGAGUAUGAAGUGAAACUCGCAACUGUCCGCGAGCAGUGUCGUAGUGAGAUGAAGAGAGAAAUGGAGGAGGAAAAGCGGAGACUGAAACGGGAUUUCCAGAGACAACUUGAGGAAAAGGACAGGAGUUUGGAAGAGAUAAAAUGCGAGAAGGAGAGUGUAGAGAAAGCGAUUGCUGCCGAGAAGGCGGCGAAAACCAAGUCUGGAUCUUCUUCAUCUGUAAGUUAUGCUAAACCGACAUUAAGCAACAACACGCAACAGGGUGUGCAAACGGACGCAAUAAUUCGUAACAUUUUGGCCCAAUAGUGUUGGGAGUUGUUGCGUUCGUUUGCUCGUAGUUAAACGUUUGACAGGUUUUAAACUCUGCACAACAACUCCCAACAACACGCUAAAACAUACAACAGGGUGUGCAAAUGGCGCAACAUGUAACAUCCAACAAUGUUGCCUCCGUCCAACUCCUAACAUUUUGGCCCAAUAAUGUUGGGAGUUGUUGCGUGCGCUUGCUCGUAGUUAAAUGUUUGACAGGUUUCAAACUUUGAACAACAACAUGCAGCAGGGUGUGCAAACAGACGCAACAUGUAAGUCAACAUCCAAUAAUGUUGGGAGUUUUUGACCAACAAUGUUGCGUCCGUUUUCACGGGGCUUUAGGAAGCUUUAGCAUCCACGACGGUGACGAAAAGUCACUUUUAAAAUGAAUAGGCGUUUUUUCCAAACUUUGUCAUGUCAAUUUCGAUAGCUGAAAAUGUCAUUUGUGGGCGAAUUUCCCUGGAGUUGAUUUCUUGGGGACUGAAAUUUCAGCCGAAACCUAAAAUGGGUUAGGAUUGCCGGUAGAGUCGAAUUUGAUGUUUGUGAGUUGUUUGCUUACGAGUUGAAAAAUAGUGGAAACAUCAUUUUGGCUAAUAGAGAAUCUGGUACACAUCUAAUCAUCAGAAAACUACUUGCGAAACCAACUUAAUGGUUCUCCAUGGUAGAUUAGUCAACUUUUAAGACAGUGGAUUACUCAGGGUUUCCGUGUGAUAACCUUAUUCUUUUGGAGCGAAAGAUUGGGAGAAAGGGCGCACAGUCAUAUUCUGAAGAAUGCGGGGAGAUAUGAACCCCUACCCUAUUUCAGGCCUUAAACACUGUUCCUGAAAGUCGAAUUACACACAAAUUAAAAACACACCACAUACUCACACUCACUUUAAGAAUUUGCACGGUGUACAUUCCUGUAUUCCUAUUUUGUGUAUAAGUUUAACAGAAAUAAUCGUCUCGUCGCUUUUCAGGAUCUUGACACUCAAAGCGAGAACACAGACGUGCCUGCUUCUGACACCGAAGUAAAAUCGUCAGUUCUGCGAUCAAACCAGAAGAAAAAUCUAAAGCGGAACAGCAGUGAUUUAACUUUGGCUGAGGUAUUUGUUUAGCUGGUAAUGUUACUGCCAUCAUAAUGACAGUUUUUCCAUACGUAUUUCUUCAGUAUGGUUAUUUGUAAACUAACCACAAAAUCAAUUAGUUAUCAACUAAAUGAAUUGAUAAAGAAAAAUUGUUUAAUCUCAGUUUCUUUUAAAAUUUUGUUUGCCAAUUUUCUCUUGGGUUGUUUCGAAUAAAGUGGGGCAGGGCUUAGCUAUGAAAUUGGCCGUAAUUAUGUUUUGAACUCAAACGGACACACAAUUUAUAGUCAGUUUUUCUUGUAAGUGAUUUGCAGCCAGGAUUCAUGACAUAAGUGGGUUGAAUAUGAUUACCUGUGAGAAUUCCCUAAACAAAUACCUAAGAAAAAAGGUAAGGUAAAAACAGAAAAGAUGAGAACCAACAUUAUUUCUAUCGGCUUCCACAUUAGCUUAAGAACCAAAUGUCCGCAUCAAAGUCAAGGAAAAAAGAAGACAGUGACGAGGAGUUCACCCCAGGAUCGGUGAGAAAAACGUAAGUGUGAGCAAAUGUUUCCGAUAACUUGCAUGUUUGUUACUGUAGAACUCCUUUAACUCUUAACUCCCCCCCAACUAGAACUAAUAUUACUUUCCCUUUGGAUCAGUUGUAAUACCACUACUCAAACCCACAUUAUUUAAGUCGAAACAUGUUUUUUGUUAGUUAUUUGCCUGAGGAAUUCGAGUAAUCGUGGUUCUCCUCUGACUAAUUUCAUCUAUAAGCACAUCCAAAUAAAGACACUUUUUGAAAAGAAGAUUAAAAUAGAUACGUUUUAACCUGAGGUGAUGGGUAAGUAAUGCAAAAUUUCAAAAUUUUGCUGUCAAUCCCGGACAUACCUAGAUCCUUUAAUACUGAACGUUAAAAGGUUGAAAAGGUAUUAUUUUGAGUGGUCUUGUUUAACUUCACAUUUAAAUGGAUGGGUCAACCCAUUUGUGGAUUACUAAUGUAGAGUUAGAUUAAGUAGUCACUGCAAAUGUUUUUUUGUUUGUUGUUGGUACAGACGAACGAGAUCAUCAACAAAGAAAGCUGGAAGGUCCACUUCUACUCGCUAUAAACGAACCACUCCAGCGACAGUAGAGGUUUUGCCGACAAUGGUAAGACAUACGAGGGUAAAGAAAAUCGAACUCAUGCAAAUUUAAAAACGAUAAAAUAUCAAUUAAACAAGGUCGGUUUCUUUCUUUAAUCCCGUGGGUGUUGUCAUCCUUUGAUAACGAGAUUGACCAAAAGAACGUGACUAAUAACUGGACGGAUGGCACGACAGGUCACGUGGCCAUUGUCAUAAUCAGUUAAGUUGGUCAAUGACGUGUCCUUUAUGUCAUUUAUGACGUUAGCAUGACGUCAUUACAUUUAAGACCGAAUAUUAUCACACUUAGGAGUUUAUUACACUUGAGGCAAUGAAAGGCUAAAUAAAACUCAUCCGAUUUUCUAUCAUCAAUUUCUGUCAGAAAUUGAUUAUUUCGUGUGGAAACGAGCGGACGCCACGUCUGGCCUUAGGUGAAAUCCUUAUUUUUUCUCUUUCAUUUUUUUAAUUAUUGUUAUCAUUAUUUUCCAAGGACGAAAAGGACUGCAAAACUGACAGUGUAAGGGAAAAAAAGAAGUUGUUCAAGGAUUUGCAGGAAGGCGCGACCAGUGCAGGUUUGUAUUUACAAAACAUUUUAUAGUACUCCAUUUUCUCGCCUUUCCUCUGGAAACCCGUCUGGUACACGUAUCUCUGUACAGAUCGUUGAUUUUCUGUUGGGUUUGACAACACCCCAAAACCUUUUCAAGUGUCAUUAAGUGAGUAAUUCAACGCCAUAAUGAGAGCUGUGACCUUUACUAUAGAAAGAAAUCACAGUGGCUGGUUGAGGGCGUGGCUUGCCUCCAGAUCCACUCUCCUCUUUAUUCGCCCCUUUGUUUUUCUUACCUACGGCGUUUUUCGUACUUCAUCAGAUUUCGUUCGGAUAAGUCAGUUUUUCUCUCCUUUAUAAAAGCCAAGAUUGUUUUUGUGUGUAGGGCCAUUGACUUAUGAAUUUUUCAGCUAUGUUUCGUAACGUGCAGAGAACUACAACCCCGGACAAAACUCUUUAGACAUGACUACGUAUUUUCUAAUUUCGCGCCAUGCUACAAUCUCGUCUAAACGGAACAAAGUCGCCGUCAUUUUCACCCCCCUGUUCAAUGUUGUUUUGGACUAACAGCUAACGUUUGCGUGUCUGGUGUUAUUGCAAACAACAUUGGAAGAGGGAAGUGGGGCGGUCGGUCAUUAGGGAGCUUAAUCAACGCGGACGGCAAAACAGCGGGUUAGAUUGGCAAAACAACAACUUUGCCCGUGCAUCACGCUUUUUUGUACCUUUCUUUGCCGUUACUGUACAACUACGACGUGAAACGUCCUUAUUUCACGUUUUAAGGCGAUGUUACACGGGACGAUUCGAAACGACGAUUUUUAGCGCAACACAGUGUUGCAUUGUUGGAACAAUGUUGCAAGCAUUUAAAACAAUGUCGCAACAAUGUUGUAACGCUCUGUUGUGCUAAAAAUCGUCGUUGCGAAUAGUCUCGUGUAACAUCACCUUCAUAGAGGACGGAAACACAUGACAACGAUUUCCUCUUUCUUUUGUGGAAUUAGAUAUAGUCCUUUAGAAUUCAACUCCUCAGAAAUCCAUGACAAACUAGAAGAGUUGAAAAAAGAGCGAUGAAAUUUGAAACAGCGUGAAUCCUGUUUUUGGGUGAAGUUUUCGCUGCCGCUCUUGCUUAAGGUCCCUAUUCAAUUGUCGACGGUAAGCGUAUUCGUCAGGACGAGUGCAAAAAAAAUUUUUUUUUGUAAUCUGUUUUAGCAGGUUUUUUUCCGAGGUUGUAGUAUUGAUCGCUGCUUUUUUCGUAACAGGUGAAGAAGAAAACGUUCCUCCGAGUCAACCGAGCCAACAGUCGACCAAAAAGCGCGGGAAACUGUUCCACAAACCCUCGUCUCUAACAGCCUUGCUGUCAUCAGGCAAAAGCGUGAGUCAUUUAUUAUGAGUUUGUUGUCCUUUUGUUUUCCUUGUUUUGAAAUACCAUCUAAGAACUACUGGCGCAGAUGAAGGAAGACUUCACAAUCGUUUUAAAAUUAUAACAGAGUUUGCUAAGAUUCUUCUUGUGCUUUAAUGGUCGGUUGUUAAAACAAAGAGUGCGGUUUUUAAACAAAAUCAGCGGUCCUAAGAUUUCUUUUCCAAGUGGGUUAUUUUGAGUAAAUAAAUGAGUUAGUUUAUAGCCUGGGCUGUAAGUCUUCCGGACACUGAUGACAGCAAACACUUCGUAUAUUAGGGUUUGCAAAAUUGGAAACGACUUAUCACGCAUAGUAACUGACCUUGAACUUUCACUUUAUUGCGUUUCCGCGGGAAGAAAUCGCUUUUCAAGUCAUGUCAAUAUACCUGCCAACCUUUUCCGAGAUGUAGGCGUGAGAUUUUUAUCCUGGGAGUGCUGGGAUUUUUGAAAACGACACGAUCAUUUCCGAAGAUUCCCGAAGACGUCCGAAGUCUGCCGAAGGCGAAGUUAUCGAGAAAACGCUUAUCCACAAAAUCAGAGAUCGCGAGGAAGGUAUUGUCAUUUAUUCAUUUUACACAUGGUUUUCGUUCCUUACAUGGGUCUGAGUUAACAUAUUUUUGGAAAUUGUGUCCAGCAAGACGGCAACAACUCACAUUUUUCAAUCAGGCGUGAGAAAUUGGUCCGCAGGCGUGAGCGGGCGUGAGAUCGAAGUUUUCAACCCGCAGGCGUGAGACUCACGCCUAAGGCGUGAGAGUUGGCAGGUAUAUGUCAAGUCUAUCCUGACGAUAACCAAGAUUCAUGAAUUUUCUAGCUUUGUGGCAGGCUAAGCUGGCCAUCUUAUUUUGCCUUUUUAUUACUUCGUCAGGAAAGCCGAGAUGACAGGAGCGAGCAACCGGACAAAACAAAGAAUAUUAUUACGCGGCAGUUACGUCCGCGAUCGAUUAAAUACAACUAGACUAGUUAGUCUUAAACUCAUGUAUAUACCGAGAGCGUAGGAAGGCUCCGAAUCUAAUGAAAAAACACCUCUCAGUAACGUUUAAUAAAUCAAUCAUAAUUUAGAAUUCCAUGCACAUCCUAAGAUGUUUACAGAGACCAUGCAGUAAUUUUCUGCAGCGUUGUUUCCAACGGUCGCAACGUAUGAUUUUAUCCACAGACUUAAAAACGGUUGCGUUUAUUAAUUUGGCUUGCGUUCAUUAAUUUUUGCGUGAAAAAGGAGCUCAGGUAUUGAAACUAAAAUCAAGGCCCAUCUUCUGGACUCAAAUGAACAUUCCUUUUUUAGUUGGCGGAGUGGAGGCUCGGUACGACUAACACUACACCGGAUAGCAAUUGCGUCAAAAGGGCUUUGGUUCACACAUGAUAACGGCAAUUACUGCUCGGUCUCUGUAACGAAGCGAAGCUGCACCACACUGAUUUCGAAAGUGAAUCCUCACAUUUUAGGCAGGUUUCUUUACCACUCUUUGACGCAGUGUGAAGGGGUAAAAACUAUCUGGAUAGUGUAGACAAAGCCUUGCGUUGUGUAGACGACAUUUCUGUGCGACAUUCCCUUGAGAGACUCUUCGCAGCUCGUUGCUGUCAGCUCUAUUACCUACGUUACAUUCGUGAACGAACGUAACGUAAAAGUAUCGUAAAAGAACCGAGGCCCCGUCCACACACGUCCGAAUAUUUUGAAAACUCAUUUUUUUUUUACGAAUCAGCCGCCCAGUUGCAUGAAAACAGUGAAUCCCGUCGCCAAAACCCCAUCUUUUUUAAACCGUUUUCCAGACGGCGUGAAGACGAAUGAAACGGGAUAUUUUCGAAUAAGUAAAGUAUGCGGGUUCAUUUCACUCGGAUUCGUGUGAACGAGGCUGGGGUUUUAAGUCAGUACCCGAACUCUGAUUCAAGGAACACGUUACGUUAAAGCACCUUAUGGGGUAACGGUGUAAUCAAAGACUUGUCCCGGUUGCGUGUCUUAUUAAUCUUCUUAGUACCCAGUGUAAAUAUAUUUGAUAGUAGUAGUUCACAUCACUAAAUUGUGAGGAAAGAAAUUAAAAGGCUCAUUAGAAAUGACGCCCUAAACAAUGUUCAAUUUCAUUCACCCAACUUCAGUAGUCUUGUUAAACGAAAACGUUGAUUUUUUUCCCAGUGAUUGAAUGAGGCUCAAAUUGAAGGUGCAAUAAGCUUAUUCUCAUAGCCACGGGUAAACUGCAAGUUGCGGAUUAUACAAUGUUAUUUCUAGAACAGUAGCAGAAAAUGCGUGAGGCUUGUUUGAUUUUGUUCAGUCCGCCUUUCGUCCGGUGUUUGACCCUAUUACUGGGCUCUUUUAUAAAGGUUUCCACCUCCUAUUACAUAAGUUUCACUUCCCCGGCUUUUUGCUUUAGUCAUUUUUCCUGUGUAUGUUUACCGUAAAAUUCCGAAGGAAGGAAGGGUUUAUUUUCGGAAUCUUACGGAAUGUGUAUGCGACGUUUUCCCUCAACGUUCACUCAGUAUGGACACUAUGCCGUCUCCCCUUAGUGUAUCAGUAUGGCGUGUCCUCUUGGUGUGCGUAUUAACCGGGUUGCAAUGUAUAAGAAAUGCCGCAGAGAACAAUAAUUAAACAUCACUAACCCGAAAAACUUUGAGGUGCAAAGUCAAACACAAAACUGUCGUGUCAAGAUACACUGAAACCUCUAUUAAGCGGACACCUUCGGGACUAGA